AGUUUUAAGACAAAAACACUCAGAAAAAAAAAGAGAGAGAGAAAAGAAAAGAAGAAAAAAACAGUUUGCUUUCUUCUCUUUCUUUCUCUCCGUCUGCCUGCCUUCUAAUGUCGCUGAGAAGAUCGUUUUUAUCGCGAAGGUUCUCAAGAUCGUUCAAUAACCAGAACAGAAACGAACGAAAUGGAGUAGAAUCGGGGCGACUCGUUGGUGAGUCGGGGGGUGAGUCGGAUGGGUGGGGGAGCAUGUUGCCUGAGUUAUUAGGAGAAAUAAUAAAACGAGUUGAAGAGAGUGAGGAUCGGUGGCCACAGAGGCAAAACGUCGUCGCAUGUGCUUGUGUUAGUAAGAAAUGGAGAGAAGUUACCAAAGACAUCGUCAAGUCUCUUCCUAACAACAACAACAACAACAACAAUAAUGGAAGUUCUGGAAUAAUCACUUUCCCUUCUUGCCUUAAACAGCCGGGUCCACGCGACUUGCCCCAUCAAUGUCUUAUAAAACGGAUUAAGAAGACUUCAACAUUUUACCUAUAUCUUGCUCUUACUCCAUCCUUUACGGAUAAGGGGAAGUUUCUCCUGGCAGCACGGAGGUGUAGGCAUGGUGUUCACACAGAGUAUAUCAUCUCACUUGAUGCUGAUGACUUAUCCCAAGGAAGUAAUGCUUAUGUUGGAAAGUUAAGUUCAGACUUCCUCGGUACCAACUUUACAAUAUAUGACAGCCAGCCACCACACAGUGGUGCUAAGCCCUCAAGUAGCAGAGCUAGCCGGCGAUUUGCAAGCAAGCAAAUAAGCCCUCAAGUCCCUGCAGGCAAUUUUGAGGUUGGGCAAGUCUCGUAUAAAUUUAACCUCUUGAAGUCAAGAGGUCCAAGGAGGAUGGUUUGCUCACUUAAGUGCCCAGUGUCACAAGAAACUACCAAUGUCAAAAAUGUUGACAACUCAAAGAUAACGCAACUGGAGUCUGCUUCUUCUGGUUUUACAGUUUUGCGGAACAAAGCCCCAAGGUGGCAUGAGCAUUUGCAGUGUUGGUGCUUGAAUUUCCAUGGUCGGGUAACGGUAGCAUCAGUGAAGAACUUUCAACUGGUUGCGACCAUGGACCAAAGCCAGCCAGGAGGUAGAGGAGAUGAGGAGACUGUCCUCCUCCAGUUUGGGAAGGUAGGCGAUGAUACUUUCACCAUGGAUUAUAGGCAGCCACUUUCAGCUUUUCAAGCGUUUGCCUUGUGCCUGACUAGUUUUGGCACUAAACUGGCAUGUGAGUAAUUUACGUGGAAUAAUUAUGAUGUUAAAAUUAUGGAUUCCGGUGUAUGUUUUGUUAUCAUUCUACAAGUGUUGGUUUGGCUGGAAGAAGCCAUUGAUGUAAAUGCUGUUAUUGUAUCAAUGACAAGAGCUUAAAAUUUUUCAUCUCCAAUAAUUUGGUCUCUGCCUUCUUCAC